UCACCAACGCUCAACGCCCACCGGCCAUUGAAGAAGAAACCCCUCCCUCUCUCUCGCUCAGUCGCUCUCUCUCUCUCUCUCUCUCUCUCUCUCCAGCCAACUAACCUCAACAACACAGCAUUACUACUACUCACUAAUUGCCCAUAUCUCAUAUCCCCCUCUUCCUCUUCGUACUCCACCCCACUUCCUUAGUUCCUUCUCGCUCCUCCAAGCUCCGCGCCCAUGGAGUCGUCGACGGUGGAGACGAGCGACGGGGUGAAGCUCCACGCGCGGGUCUUCAAGCCCGCGGAUCCCGCGGCGGAGAACCUGGCGGUGGUGCUCGUCCACCCCUACACGGUGCUGGGCGGGUUCCAGGGCCUGCUCCGCGGCAUCGCCACCGGGCUCGCCGAGCGGGGCUACCUCGCCGUCACCUUCGACAUGCGGGGCGCCGGCCGAUCCUCCGGCCGGGCCUCCCUCACCGGCUUCGCCGAGGUCAACGACGCCGUCGCCGUCUGCAAGUGGGUCGCCCAAACCCUAUCCCCCGACGGCAUCGUCUUGGUCGGCUCUUCCGCCGGAGCACCAAUUGCAGGUUCUGCAGUAGAUAAAAUUGAAGAGGUGCUGGGCUAUGUUAGUAUUGGCUACCCAUUCGGUCUAACCGCAUCCAUCCUAUUCGGACGGCAUCAUCAAGCCAUUUUGCAGUCCGAGAAGCCAAAGCUAUUCAUCAUGGGAACAAAAGACGGCUUCACAAGUGUAAAGCAGCUGCAAAAUAAGCUCAAGUCGGCUGCAGGUCGAGUCGAGACUCACCUGAUAGAAGGCAUCGGCCAUUUCCAGAUGGAGGGUCCUGCAUAUGAUGCUCAGAUGGUAGAUUUGAUCGUGGAGUUCAUCAAAUCCUUGCAGAAGAAAUAGUGGCUGUUUAGGGUUACUAGUUUAAGCUGAAGCAGUGGUUACGUAUAUACCAGAAGAAACAAGCCUUAAACUUCUUGGUGGCGAUGCGCUGCGGUGCCCUUGUUUGUUCUUGUGCUUGAAUUUUUGGCUUUCUCUUUUGUGUAUUUUCUUUCUUCUGGUCCUUCUUUAUCUUAGGUUUGUUGUAUUUUAUGUGUCCCCCAGGUAUUCGUUUCCCACCCUUUUUGAGAAAUUUAAAGAUGUGAGAAAUUGUUACUGUUGCAUCUGUUGGCAGACUAUUGGUUAUGGUAUUAUUCUAUUAAUGGAUAUCAUAUAUUCUUGCCAC